AACAGCGCGACCUGCCAACGUGCGCGCCACCACCACCACCUCCCCCUCUUGCGACACGACUGCCCUCUGCGACGAGUUGUUGCUGCUGCGCGCCACACACAGCGAACCGCACACGGACUGACGACACCCCCCGCGCAUAUGCAACAUGCCGCCCUCAUCGAGUAGGAGAGUCGGCCUGCGCUCCCGCCGCGAGCCAGACAUGCACCCGCAGUCCGAUGCAGACACGCCCGACUCCAUAGCCACGCCCUCGCGCAAGCGCAGACGGCUGAACGGCGUCCACGACGUCGCCGCCGCCGCCGAGCCGCCGCGCGCCCGCAUCACCGAGUCGGUCGCCAGCAACGACUCUAACACAACGCUGCCCAACGGCGGCGAUGCAGAGCACCCCGCCGAGCCCGUCGAGCGCCAGAACCUCAUCAUCGCCUCGCUGCGCAGCCCCCAGUACACGCCCAAUGCCGCCGUCGACUACGCCAACGACCUGCAGGCCCGCCGCAACGAGGGGCAGAACAUCGCCGCCUUCGCCAAGAUCGCCGCCCGCGACUGGUGCUUCUUCGUGCAGGAGACCAAGGUGCUCAUCGGCCGCGCAGACUCGCAGGUCCGCCCCCAGCCCGCCAGCUCCCAGCCCGACAUCUCAGGCCUGCCCCCGAGCGAGCCUCCUGCCACCAACUGGGGCGUCCACAUCGACCUGGGCCCCGAGCGCCAGGUCUCGCGUGUCCAUGCCGAGAUCAGCUUCGAGCCGCAGGACCAGACGUGGUACAUCCUCGUGAACAGCCGCAACGGCCUCAAGCUGGACGACCGCAACCUGGCCAGGGGUCAGAUCGAGCCGCUCCACUCGGGCGUCUGCAUCGGUAUCAUGGGCACCCAGAUGCUCUUCCUGCUUGCCAAUCAGGAGGAUCUCUUCCACCCGCUGCUGUGGCGCCAGGUGAAGAACGAGGAUGCAGCAGAGUCCGACAACGACGCCAACCAGCCGCCCAAGCCCCACCACCAUGCGCAUCCCAGCGGGCCCACUCCAAAGCGCGAGCACUAUGACCCCUUCCCGCCGUCGUCACAUCCACGUCACAAGCAGCAGUCGUCUCAGGCCUUCUACAAUCAGAUGACGUCCACGCCAGGCCGCCCGCAUCCAGGCACGCCCCUGACCUUCCAUCAAGAAAUGGAUCCCCGCAGCAAAGGUUCGCCCGCCUCCUUCUCCCGCGGCGUCGUGUUUGACUCCGCCGAUGACAUCGAUUAUAGCCUAGACUCUGCCAAGGAUAUCAAGCCACCCCAUAGCUAUGCCCAACUGAUUGGCCAGGCCAUCCUCAGCAGCGACGAGCAAAUGCUCACGCUCUCCAGCAUCUACGAAUACAUCAAGAUUCGCUACGCCUUCUUCCGAUUCACCAACAGCGGCUGGCAGAACUCGAUCCGCCAUAAUUUAUCUUUGAACAAGUCCUUCGAGAAGGUUGCGCGACGAACGGACGAGCCUGGCAAGGGCAUGAAGUGGAAGAUCACCGACGCUGAGCGUGACGACUUUAUCAAGAAGCAACUCCUCAAUCCUCGCAAGGGUGGUGGAGUCGCAAUCGAGUAUCGCGUGGACGGUUCUGGAAUCAGUUCGCCUACCAUCGGACACCAACGCGACCCCCCGUCGCAAGCCACAGAGCGCCUUGUUGGUGCUCUCGAGCAUGAUUACAACCACCAGACCGCUCGCGUCAAGUCACCUCCACGUUCCACUACACCGCCUCUAUCGUCUGUUCCCAUGGCAAACGAGUCUUACACACCUGACCGCGGCCCACGGCCCUAUGGAGGCUUGAAAGCAUCGCCCAACAUUCGUGAACACAACCAUUUCGUCACUCCCGCUAGGCGUCUUGCAUAUGGACACAACGACGGUCGCGCACCCACCGACAUGAAGUACGACCCCAGCAGACACCUCGAGUCCUCUCCUGGCGUUGAUCCCGUCAAACCCUCGCUUCCGGGCUUGAAAGGCGAAGCAGCAAACUCACCACCCACUCUCUACUCCGACGCAGCAACCAACAACAUCCACAGCAACCACGACACACAUCGCAUGAACAACGCUCUCGUCACCCCACUCGUCUCGCGCCACGCUCCUCGUCUUGCCCCGCCUAGUACUGCGCAGGUGCCUAGUCAGUACAUUGCCUUUUCGUCCCCGGCCCCGUUCUGGAAGUUUGUUGAUCUGCCGAGUACGCCCGCGAGGGGCCUGUUGGAUCUCAGUCCCAUCAAACUUCAGCAUCACGAUGAUAAGGAGGACGAGGAAGCGCAGCCUAGCAGCCCGCCGAUGCUCCACGAUGAAAGCGCGGAUCCGGAAGACGACGAUGCAGAUGCAGAUGCAGAGGCUGACGCCGACGGCAAGAUGGACGACAACGACAACGAGGACGAAGAUAUGCAACCCGACAGCCCGAGUCGCACAGUCUCACGCCCAGUGAGUCGCCGCGACAUCGGCGAGAUGCGAUCACGAAGCAACUCCAAUUUCGCAGGCGGCAUGGUGCGAGGCGUCAGUCUGACGAGCUUCGAGGAGGAGGCUGAGCCCGAGGAGGAGAGCUUCGAUUUGAGCAAGGGAUUCCAGAAAAUCGGCUCUUUCCACCGCAGUAUGGCACAGGCUCAUGGUAUUGGUAUCGGGCUUACGCCGCCGCCUAUGCCCGUUGCGAGGACGAGUGUGCCGGCGAAUAUGUAGGCGGGUUUACGAGGGGAGUAGGAGGUAGUUAUGGUGGUGAACGUGGUGUGAUACGACUAUGAUGCGGGAUUGGGUAUGGAUGUAUGGAUGCUUUGUCUUUUCGUC